AUGAAAUUGAGUGUGAGUGCGUUUAGGGCACAAGCCACUGCUCAUAAGAAGAUUCUGACGUCAUCAUACCAGCAACACUAUGGAAGUACCGCGGCGCCACCCGUCUGCAACCCUUUACAACCUCCCAACUUCACACCACAAGCAGAAGAAGGCACAGGUAGAACAUCGGAAGGCGAAGACAACGAUGGCAGCGAGACCAACGUCGGCUCAUCACGAAUACUAUCAGCGGCUACAUCGAGAGAGGAAGAUGAUGAUUCUAGCAACAAUGUCAGCAGUGAGAGCAAAAGUCCUGGACAAAGAUUGUUGAGCAAGUUGACUCCAUUCUCGACGAAUGGAAGGCAUGACGACAUAACAAAGUCCAACCAAAGGUGGAGGAAACUACGCACAACCGUACAGCUGGGGUCUGCAAUACAGAAGAAAGCAACAUUAAAGAGAGAAGACUCGUUCCUGAAGAGGUUCUCCACGAGGCAGACGCCGGCUACGCAGGAAACUGUAGAAGACACAGGAUCAGAAGGUGCUACAGGAGAACAUCGAACAGCAAACAGACAUAGACGAAGAAAAGUUAGAGCGCCCAGAACAGUGGUAAAUCCUGAUGAGAAUUUCUAUUUCUACUGGCUCUGGCUGAUCACCCUCUGCGUUUUGUACAACUUCUGGACUUUAAUAGUGCGUCAGAGCUUUCCGGAAUUGCAAAUAAUGUGCCACUACUUCUGGCUGACAUGCGACGGAGUCAGCGAUGUGGUGUUCGCCCUCGAUCUCGUAGUUCAACUCAGAACAGGAUAUCUGGAGCAAGGUCUGAUGGUUUACGACUCGAAGAAACUAGCAAAGCACUAUUUGACAUCUCGCUCCUUCCUGCUGGACAUCGCAUCCCUGACGCCUCUCGACCUGAUCCAGUUGAAGAUUGGUACCAACCCCAUCAUUCGUUUCCCUAGGUUCCUCAAAGUGUACAGGGCAGUGAGCUGUUAUUAUAUCGUUGAAUCAAGAACUGUGUACCCCAAUUUCUGGAGAGUCAUCAAUUUGAUUCACAUACUCUUGAUCCUCGCGCAUUGGUUCGGCUGCUUCUACUUCUUGCUGUCAGAGGCUGAGGGCUUCCAAGGUGACUGGGCGUAUCCCCACCGUCCAGGCGACUAUGCAACCCUGACGAGGAAGUAUUUGGGUUCCCUCUACUGGUCCACCUUGACUUUGACCACUAUUGGUGAUCUGCCGACCCCGGAGACCAACUCUGACACACUCGGAGGCCCCAAAUUUCUGCCACGUCGGGGGCUCAAAUCCCGCCUGCUGCAGUUCAAGUCCAACCGAGGGUACGUAUUCACAAUAGUGAGUUAUUUGAUUGGCGUAUUCAUUUUCGCCACUAUAGUGGGGCAGGUCGGCAAUGUCAUCACAAAUAGAAACGCAAACCGCCUCGAGUUUGAAAGGCUGCUGGAUGGAGCUAAAACUUAUAUGCGUCAUCACAAGGUGCCAGGCGGAAUGAAGCGGCGUGUACUCCGAUGGUACGAUUACUCGUGGUCGCGUGGGCGGAUACAGGGCGGCGGUGACAUCAACACCGCCCUCGGUCUGCUUCCUGACAAGCUGAAGACGGAGCUGGCACUGCACGUCAAUUUGAGCGUACUCAAGAAGGUUACUAUAUUCCAAGAGUGCCAACCUGAGUUUCUACACGAUCUGGUCUUAAAAAUGAAGGCCUAUAUAUUUACUCCAGGGGACUCCAUAUGUAGAAAAGGCGAGGUCGCAAGAGAAAUGUUUAUCAUAGCUGAUGGGAUACUGGAAGUAAUUUCGGAGACUGGUCGUGUACUAACCACAAUGAAGGCCGGAGACUUUUUUGGGGAAAUCGGAAUAUUGAACUUGGAUGGACUCAAUAAACGAACAGCAGAUGUCCGCUCUGUGGGUUAUUCCGAGCUGUUUUCGUUAUCCCGAGAAGAUGUGCUAGCGGCUAUGAAAGAUUAUCCUGAAGCUCAAGAAAUAUUACAGACUCUUGGCAGGAAGCGGUUACAAGAGGCGAAAAAUAUGUCACGGCAGAAAGUAAAGGGAAAUAAAGGUGAAGUGCUAAGUCCUGACAAAAUGGGCGGCGAAGACAGUACAUCCAAAAGGAUUGUCCACAAAUUGCGAAGCGAUGUAAAGGGCAUUCGCAAUGCAAUCCGUAGUAGAUCCCGUGCCGGUCGUCGUUCUGGAGAAUCGUUAGAACUACAAGCCUUAGCUGGAGCCGAGAGAGCAACAACAGAUGGGAAAGUGCUUAGACGUAUGCCUCGAGUUGAGAGUGAUGACUCGCAAGCACAUAACCAUGAGGAUAUCAAUGGUGAAACGACUUCAGGUAGUAAAGACGGUGAAAAAUGUAUAUCGCCUAUAGGCGCUGGUUUACCUUUACUGACAAGACUGAAACUACUAAAAGAGAAACAGGAUCGUGAAGAAAAAGUCGCCAAACAAAGACUGUCAACAUCUUCAGUUGUAUCACCGCCACCUAGUCAACCGAUACCGUCAACAAGUUCUGCUCCAGAUGGAGAACCCGAAAUAAUAGGCGCGGGACUUCCACUUCUGCAAAGAUUGCUUCUUCUCAAAGCAAAAGAGGAAAGGGAAAAGCAUCAACUUACUCCAACGAAUAGCAACCAGCCGUCGAGUUCAGAUACCAUCAGUCCAAGUUCUAUAAAAAGUCCCCUAAGUCCUACUAUAAAAACUUUAAGUCCUAUUCGAAAAGGAUCUGAAUCUAGUUCACCUGGAAAAUUACACAGUCCCACAACUAAAACGUCAAGAAAAAACUCUUCGGGAUCAAGUGAUGGUGCCUCUCGUCCUAAAGUUAGUUUUAAAGAUAAGAUAUUACAAGUUCAAAGUGACGGUACCGCGGUAUGUCAGCCACUAAAUAGAGAUAUCAGUGAAAAGCCUGCUGCAGUAGUCGAGCCUACUCCGAAAACAGAAAGUCAUUUAAUAUCCAUUCCACACUCUGUUGUAAGUAAAAUAAAAUCACCAGCCAAAUCGGUAGGUUCAUCUUUUCGUGAUAAACUUAAGUUAUUACAAGGUGGGGGUGCACAAAAGGAUUCUGAAAACUCGUCUAUAGAAAAGAGCAAGCCACCCUCUUUAGAUAAAACUCCUGUAGAAGUAACACCAACACAAACAACUGAUGCCAAGGAUGAUACUAAAACCAAAAAACCUUGGACAAAAUUAAAAAAGGCCGCGAUAUUAGGAGAAUCGAAAAGUCAAAGUAAGUCUAGUGUGGAUGAAAAGAAGGAAGAUAUUGUAACUAAGGAAAUAAAAGGGGACUGUAUAUCAGAAACAAUUGUAAAUAUAACUGUACCUGUUGUUACUACAGCAGAACUUGUUAAAAUAGACAAUAAUAAUCUCGAAGUUGAUAGUGAUAAUGUUAAGCAAGAUAAACCUAAGAUUUGCUUAACAGGCCCUUUGGAACCCGUCCAAGAAAAAUCUUUAGAUUUAUUAACUUUAUCUCCAAAGAAAAUUAAAAAUGUAGAUCCUAAGCAAUCAAGCGCUGGGAUGCUAUUACCUAAAGUAAAAAAAUAUAAAUCUAUUGACGACUUGUCACCAGAGUAUGGUGGACUACCGUUUGUAAAAAAGUUGAAGAUUUUAAAUGAAAGACAGAAAUUAGCUGAACUAGAAAAAGUAGUUAAAACAAGAAGUUCUAGCUUAGAUUGUACAAGUUCAUCUGAAGAUUUAUUAUCCGAUACACUCACUAGAAGCCAUUCAGAAGGAAGUACAAUGGAUAAAAGAAAGUAUAAAAGAAAAUCAAUAGAUUCUGUUGGAAGUCAUGGAUCUAAUGAAACACUAGAACGAAGAACACUGAAAUCCAUUUUAAAAAAAUUAUCGGAAGAUGUUACUCCUUCAGAAAGUCCUGAAAGGAACAAUGAAAUUAGAAAGUUAAUUAGGGCACCUACUCUAGAAGGAUAUGCUGCGAGGCAUUCUAAAUUUGCUAAAAGUGUAACAUUUCAUCGUCACACAUUACCAUCACCACCUAGCAGUGCUCCGGCAGAUUCUAGGAAUGAUAUUUUCCAAAUGCCAGAAUAUAAUAAAGAAUGUAUGCCCCAAAUAUCGUCUCCUACUCAGAGUAUGGAAAAUGAAGCUGUUUGUCCUAAUAAUCAAAUAGUAAGACCCACAAGUGAAAACAUACCUCAAGAUUAUAGCUUGAAUAUAACAGCUGAAUAUGACAUUCAGCAACAUGUUGAUCCAAUGUAUGACUUUAAAUCCUUAAGACCUGAAGAAAUAAAAGUGCCUUCGGACAAGCCCAAAUUAACACUAAUAUCGGCUGUCGCUAAUCAAAGGAAAUUGUUAAGAGGUUCGCUAGAAGAACAAGAAUAUUUCGGCGAAGUAUUAUUAGGUAUCAAACAAGUUAUACAAGGGCAUCUACAUGAUGUCCAAGGAAAAUUUCAGGACAGAUUCAAUAGUUUAGAAAAUGAAGUGCGCAAACGGGAUGAAAUCAUAAGUCAACUUCAAAAACGUAUUCAAGAAUUAGAAAAGUUGGGUCUGUCAGGUAUCUCAUCAGCUGUCCAACCACCUGAAUCUGAAGAAAUACUAUCUACUCCCGAAAGUGAACAUAUCACAAUCCUACCAUUUACUAAAAAUUGCAGUUCGGGAAGCGAUGAUAAUUCCGGAGCUGAAGAAGGAUUUAUGAGAGGUGAUUCCCUUGAUACUGUAUUUGCAACGUCACCACCGACUGCGAGUGCUGAAGAAGAAGAUAAAGAAAAAUCUGACGUAGAACCAACUAUGAUGAGGAAAACGUUAUCAUCAGAUGAUCUAACGGAAGAACGAUUGACCGAGAUGACUGAAAUAGAGUUAGGAAAGUUAUCGUAUUCAGAAUUGCAGAGUUUGGCAGAAUCACUAUCUAGUAAAGUCGAUAAAACAUCGUCAAGUAGAGAAGAAUGGACAUUAAGCAAAUCAAAGAGAUUAGAUUUAAAUCUAGAUGGUAAGGCCGGGACGUAUUCGAGGAAACGUGCUGCAAAGUUGAAACAGAGGAAGUCAUGGGAAGAUCAGAGCGAUCAAGAGUGUGUAGAAAUGCAUGAUUUGACAAGGCCAAUGUCUCCACAAAUGACAUCAGAGGAUAGAUCUCUACUCAGCCCCGAACAAUCUAGUCUCCGCACCGGCCGUCGAGGUAUCCAUCCCUUCCACUUCUUCGGUAGCCAUCUCGAUACAACCAAAUCAAAAAUAAAGAAGACCCUAUCUGUUGAUACUGGAAUGCACCAUACUGGAAGAAAUGAAAGGAUGCCAGUUCGUCAACGUCAACAACGCAAAUUCAGUCUGGGAUCAUUCUUCGGGUAUCAUCGAGGUUCACCGCAUAAACCUACAAACAACACCUGCAAUGAAGUCGUACUCGACAUCGCUAGCGAUUAUAGCUGGAGCGAUACUACAUCAACUUCAUCAAGUAGUGACUCAGAAUCGUUACCACGAACGCCAAUGUUUGAAGAAUUCGUAGAAAACAAUUCUAGAAGAGGCCGUGCUAGUAGCUCCAGCCACAGCAGCAUAUCGCCUAUUAGAGCGAGUGGAGGAGAUUGGGAAGUCAUGAUGCUGGCUGAUGAGUUGGAAAAGAGAGAACGAGAAAAGGAGAAAGAAGAAUCGAGACGCCAUCAUUAUCCUACUCACACACUCAGAGACUUGGAAGAGAGAGAAGACAGCCCAGAUGACUACUCCAAUAUCGAGGAGACCAACUCGUCGUCAACAACGCACCUGCUCGGCCAAUCGGUGGUGGACCCGUCGAACUUACACGAGACUUCGUUCACAGAGCACGAGAGGGAAAGCAGACAACAACGAGUAGGAUCACUUGUCGAUACAGUAAAACCAGAUUCAUCCCUUCGGCAAUCAAGAGGCCUAAUCCUCCGCGCAGCCAGUCUAGACCGAGAAACUGCACAACCCCCUUCCCAAACUAAACGCUUCGGCUCCCUGAAGAGUUCCAGCACGGACUCUCAUAAGAGACUCUGAUCCGGUUUGCGACGCGGACCUCGAGAGAGAUCCGAUAGAUUGGAACCAAAGGGUCCAAAUAAAAGUAAUCAAAAUAAAACCGAAAAUGUGAUACGAGGUAACACUCAAUACGAUGGAGAUAGUACGGACAUAGGUGGUUUAAGAGAAGAUUUAAGUAGUAUUGACGAUAAUCUUUCUGCAAGAGACGACAUGCAUCAGAAUCACAUUGGUGAACGUCGAAAUAACAACGGUAGAUAUCGGAAUGAAACAUUUAUUAUUUCAGGUCGAAAUGAACGAGAGAACGGUAUUAGUGAUGACCAGAGAAUGAUUAUUGGUCAAUUAUUGAUGGUAAUUAUUAUAAUCUACGAAGACUUUGACUAUUUAAUGUUUUUAAUUCUAGAAUAGUGGGUGAGAUGUGAAUCGUGAUUGAAAGAGAGAUACAGUUUUUCGUGUUGUUUUCUAUCUGUUCUUAUUGGUAAUUUAUCUAAUAUAGAUUAAACUGUAUUAAUGUAUGAUCUAAACGAAAUUAAUGCGACAACGUUAUUCUUUAGGUUACCACCUACUGAUAGUUUUAGAAGUUUGACUUCAUGUAUAAAUUAGGAAAUGAAAGCCUUUAUUAAAAAGAAAUUUGCACAAAUGAGUGCUGUUUGAUUUCUAUAAGGUGGUGAGUAAGAAUUUCACUCUAAAUACUUUACUAACACCAGCAAAACGCAUAGAUAUCUAAAUAAUAUCAAAAUGCGAAGAAAUUAAUUCACUCCG